AUGGCUGUCGAAAAUAUGAGUGAAAGGGACCCCCUUUCACCGGCAGAAGAAGACAAUUUACUUUCUGAAGAAAAUGAGUCAGCGAAUCCCUCGCCCCAGGGCACAGACAAAGUGCUGGCUAACGUUUUGUCGGCCAUGACCCAAAUGAGUUCCACCAUGCUGUCCAUGGAAAACGCAAUGAAACGUUUAGCUGACGCACCAGAAGACCAUGCUACACCACCGAAAAGGAGAAGACAACCUCCUGAAUCUAGUGCAAUGAGAGAUAGCGGAGAUUCAGACCCUGAACAGUUAGAUUCCAAGGAACUCAAUUUCCCGCCGAACGGCGACCCGCCAAAACCGGGCAGCUCUGUCACAGAGGACGCAUUGCUCAAUGAAAUUGCUCAAGACUUUAAGUCGGACGAGCAAACUGACCCGAAAGUCGCUCAGAAAUUGGCGGAUAUCGCCAAUAAGCGAUGGGGCUCUAAGUUGGAGGAAGCCAAAUGA